GCCCAUUGCAAUGUAUCAUCAUCGUCCAUGGCGCCUGGUAUCAGUUCUUGCUGAUCCAAUAUAUUCUUUCGAUUCAAAUUUCCAACCAUGAAUCCCUCGAACGAAACCCAUCAACAACAACAACAACAAAUCCUCCCUAACGUUCACAACCCUCUGCAAUUCACCAUCGUUCUACCCCACUCUGACACCAAUUCAAACCCUAGUUCUUCACUCUCAAACCCUAGCAAUGUCAACGACUUGCUCACACUCGGUAUUCCCAGAAAACGAAGACGAGGCAGGCCACGCGAUACUCUCUCCUCCAAUCAGGUAUACAAUUUACCUCCCGAAUAUCCCAACAAUCACCAAACAAAACAAAAUUCUUUCGGUUCUAAUCAUUUUGAUAGAAACCCUAACAUCGGAUCAAAUCAAGCAUCACAAGUAGAUGUAUCCGAUGAAAUAAUAGUAAUCAACAAAGAAGCAACAUCCGAAGCUUUGAUUGCUUUAACCGCCGGGUUUCCGGCGGAUGUACUUACAGAAGAAGAAAUCGACGCAGGAGUUGUUUCGGUUGUUGGUGGAAUCGAACAGGUCAAUUAUAUACUGAUUCGAAACCAUAUCAUCACCAAAUGGAGAGAAAACGUAUUCAAUUGGGUAACAAAAGAUAUGUUUCUCGAUGUUGUACCCUCACAUUGUAGCAAGCUUUUAGAUUCUGCAUAUAACUACCUAUUCUCACAUGGAUACAUCAAUUUUGGGGUUUCACCAUUGAUCAAAGAUAAACUUCUUGCUGAAACUAAUACAAAAGGGAAUGUAAUAGUCAUAGGUGCUGGUCUUUCUGGACUUGCAGCUGCAAGACAACUGAUGACAUUUGGGUAUAAAGUUACAGUUUUGGAAGGAAGAAAACGUCCAGGUGGACGAGUUUACACCAGGAAAAUGGAAGGAGGAAAUAAAGUUGCAGCUGCUGAUUUAGGAGGAAGUGUUUUAACAGGUACACAUGGAAACCCUCUUGGGAUUUUAGCUAGACAAUUAUCAUAUCCUCUUCAUAAAAUACGCGAUAAAUGUCCACUCUAUAGAUUAGAUGGAACACCAGUAGAUUCCAAAACUGAUACCAAAGUUGAAAUAGCUUUCAAUCAACUCCUAGACAAAGCAAGCAAGCUUAGACAGUUAAUGGGUGAAGUCUCACAAGAUGUUUCUCUAGGGGCAGCUUUGGAAACAUUUUGGGAAGUUGACAACAACUCUUCAAAUUCAGAAGAAACAAGUUUAUUCAAUUGGCAUCUUGCUAAUCUAGAAUAUGCAAACGCGGGUUUACUCUCUAAACUCUCUUUAGCAUUUUGGGAUCAAGAUGACCCGUAUGACAUGGGAGGCGACCAUUGUUUCUUGCCAGGUGGCAACUGGAGAUUGGUCCACGCGUUAGCAGAAAACGUCCCGAUUCUUUAUGAAAAAACAGUAAAUUCUAUUCGUUACAGUAGUGAUGGAGUACAAGUUGCUGUGAAUGGAGGACAAGUUUUUGAAGGAGACAUUGCUUUAUGCACUGUUCCACUUGGGGUUUUAAAAAGUGGGUCCAUUAAAUUCACCCCUAAUUUACCUCAAAGAAAAUUAGAUGGAAUCAAACGAUUAGGAUUUGGUUUAUUAAACAAAGUUGCAAUGCUUUUCCCUAAUCUCUUUUGGGGAACCGAUUUGGACAUGUUUGGGCAUUUAUCCGAUAACCCAAGUACACGUGGCGAAUUCUUUCUAUUCUACAGCUAUGCAAAUGUAGCAGGUGGGCCCGUGUUGAUGGCUUUAGUGGCAGGUGAAGCUGCACAUUCAUUCGAAAGCAUGCCACCCACUGACGCGGUGACACGUAUCCUCCAAAUCCUACGUGGCAUAUAUUCGCCACAAGGGAUUGAAGUACCGGAACCGAUACAAACCGUGUGCACACGAUGGGGUUGUGACCCGUUCUCUCUAGGGUCGUAUUCAAAUGUUGCGGUGGGGUCCACCGGGGACGAUUACGACAUUUUAGCAGAAAGCGUAGGGGACGGGAAGCUUUUUUUCGCUGGGGAGGCGACCACGAGACGUUACCCUGCAACCAUGCAUGGCGCCUUUUUAAGCGGGUUAAGAGAAGCUGCUAAUAUUUACCAUUUUGACACCAAUCGAGCUCUCAGGGGUAAAAUCGAGAAAAACCCGUCAAAAAACGCGUACGUUUGCGGGUCGGUUCUUGCGGAUCUGUUUCGGGAACCGGAUCUGGAAUUCGGGAGUUUUUCGGUGAUUUAUAAUAAGAAAGAUUUGGGAUCGAUGUGUGUUUUGCGUGUGGGGUUUGUGAAAAAAGGGCAAGAGAGUUGGAAAGAAGGUCAGUUGUAUUCGAAUAAAUUAAUAUUCCAACAGUUGCAAUCGCAUUUUAAUCAGCAACAAGAGGUUCAUGUGUAUACUUUGUUAUCAAGGGAACAAGUGUUGGAGUUGAGAGAAGUGAAAGGAGGUGAUGAAAUGAGGUUGAAUUAUUUGAUUGAAAAACUUGGAGUGAAAUUGAUUGGAAGGAAAGGGUUGGGACCUGGUGCUGAUGAUGUUAUUUCUCAAAUUAAGGCUGAAAGAAGUAAAAGCAAACCUGCAGUAACUGUUAAAUCUGGAACCUUGAAGCCGAAAUCAGCUAUGAAGCAGAAGUUGGUGAGAAAGGCAAAGAUAUUGCGGAAAAACAAUAAUCAGUUGCUUCCUGUUGAAGGGGUUGGGGGUAAUGACGUGGAAGUUAAAGUAGGUGGUAGUAGUGUUAGUGGAAUGACCAAAUUGGUGGUUAAUGAGUCGAUUCCAAGUGUAAAUAUGAAUGUGGGUGAAGGGCUGAUUGGUAAUUUUAGCGCCUCUGCCUCUUAUCCUCCGAAUGUUGAGGGACUUGGUGUUGGGGUUGGGGUUGGGGCUGCUUCACAUGGUUGGGAUUUAGACAUUUAGUAGAAUUAGAUGGCGAAAUGUUGUAAAAAAACGGGACUUGUGUAGAUG